AUGGGGAAUGUGGUGAAGGAGAUGUCAUGCCGAGAGCGUGGUAGAGGCCGUCAUGGGAGUCGCGGCAGCCCCAUGUCUGGUAGGGGUAGCAACUCUGCCCGCGCCGAUGACAUUGUAAAGUUUUCGGACACCGCUUUUCGCGGUUUAGAUGAGCAAGAGGUGGCGAUGGAGCCCCCAGCUUCGACAGGUUUGGGGUCGGGGAGAGGCCCCAACAUAGAGAUGCCGACACUGAGUCAUCCGAGCCACCGAAGACAUCUGUCUUUGUUAGGCCAUGGGUUUAAAGAUGCCCAUGUUAUCCGAGAGAUGACGACUAUCUUCAGGUCUUCCUUUGCUGGUCUGUGGCAUAGAUGGAAGGAAGUACCUCAGAAAGCACGUGACUUGAUGUUCCAGCGCUUUAGGACUAAGUUCCAGUGGGAACCUGAGCUGGAUGACACGGUUCACGAUUUAUGGACCAAAGCCAUGCACAACAGGUACUCUGACUGGAUGAGCUCUGCACGUGAUUGGGCCGUGGCACAGGCCUAUCCUGGUGAUCAGCAAUGGGAUGGUGAGGACUUCUCACGGAUUAGAUUACGUCAUCCCGUAUGGAUACCAAAUAGGUUUUGGCUGCAGAUGAUUGACACAGUUUGGGAUACCGAGGCUUGGAAAAGGAAAUCCAAGAUCAAUAGGGCCAAUCAGAACACCCAGUUUGAGGGGGUGUCGUCCAGACACACUGGGGGAUCGAUUAGUACGGUACAACAUCGAGACAGGAUGGCACAAGUAAUGGGUCGUGAGCCAACUGCUACUGAGGUGUUUGAGCGCACUCACUGYACGAACCGGAAGUUCGAUCAAGGUUCGUCCGACCCGCCUACCGAUCCUCCUCAGUUCAGUUACYCGAAAGCUGCUAGGUAUCAUGAGCGAUUUCAAUCGUUUAGGGGUGAGUCACAAUCUAGUACCGACAGCCCUCUCCCUGAUGAGGCAUCUCUUUGGGAGCAAAGUGUCGGAGGACGGAGGAAAGGCCGAAUAUUUGGUUUCGGGACCACCCAGGAUCCCUCUUAUGCCAUGAGGGGUAGAUGUAGCAGUAGCGGGUCAUCAUACGAGUCAAGAGCGGAGGUACGUUGGUUACAUUGUUAA